UACUUCCUGUUUAAUCACGAAUAUUGCUGCUGUCUUUGAGAAAAGACCCAGCUGCUGUUCUUCUCGCCUGUUACUCGUCAUUUCUUGGAGAACUUUUUAAAAUCAAGAUGAGGCGGCAGUCGUAUAAUACAAAUUUGAGUACCGGAAGCGGUGGCGAGCCACAGAUCAUCGUGGAGGAAAGCACUCUAGGCGAAGAGGAAGCGGAGCGACGUAGAAACGAAUCCCCUCCUCGAUGUAUGGAUCCAGAUUCACCAUCCUUGAAUCCUUAUCUUCUGUCCCCGUGGAGAGAAACCAGGAAGCAUUCUUUGCCGACUCCACAGUGCACUUCCGGGAUAACCGCGUCUCAGGUGAGACGAUUAAGUGAACGAGGAGGAGAAGGUUCAGGACCGACUCCAAGAGAGGCUGCCUUCCUUGCCACUCUGUCUCAAGCACCAGCCCCUCAAUCUGGUGGACGAAGACACUCGGUUGUUACAAUUUCGAGGGUACCACCGACUUUAUUUGGCCGUAAUCGUCGCGAAUCAAUCGCUGCUUUUCCUCUCGGAGGCGCCACUAGAAUAUUGCCCGGUCGUAGAGAUUCCAAGUCUGGAAUAUCUGGACCGCCCAGUAACAGCGGAAGUACCCAUAAUCUUCAGCUAGACAUCAUGGAUGAUAUCGCUGAGAUAAAGGCGCGGAAAGUGCGUCUGAAGAUGUACAAAACAUCCACGGAACAAGUUUGCGAGAUUCAACCCUUAGAGGGUAACAGUUCCACUCAACGGUACACCCAGUACCAGAAACGACGAUUCUCCGAAUUACCUCCUCCCGUGAUGUCUCCUACAUCUUCCCUUCGAAGACGAGCUUCGGAGUUGCCCAGAGCGUUGAGCACUUCCGUAGCCGGAGCAGCAGGGAUCGUGUGCUCUAAUACAGAUCUGAUAUCGAUACUGAGCUCCCUGGCAUCGUCCGCGACAGAGAUCAACCGAUGCGGGGAAGAGAGCUCGCGAGAUGAUAGUAAAUCAAGUUGGUCGGGUAAAACAACCGAGCAGAAACGAAAUCGAUUGAAAAGCUUUCGUUCGAACAGCUUCGACGUGUCCAUACUUCAUGGAGCUAAGAGCAAGCUCGCUGGUUCCUCGAAGGCAACAACGGCAUCCGUUAUGGCACCGUCGAAUUGGUUCACGAAGAGGCAUCAGCCGAUGUCGAAGAAACAGAAACCCGAGGACCUGAUCACGGCUAGUUUGAAUUUCAAGUUUGAUAAGUCCAAGGUCGUGAAGGCGGUCAAGGAAACUCUUGGAAGGACCUCCCCCACUAUCGAAACCAGACACAAAGUUGUCUGGGAUGGGAGCAGCGGAACCAAGGUGGAUGCUCAGGUAUUAGGCAGUGCAAUAGAAAAGAUUUUAACCCAAAGAGGAGGUGACACUGAGACGCCAUCGGCUUCGACGAGCAAAGCUUCGAUAUCGCCAAAUAAACCAAAAGCUAGUAAGGUAACAAGCUGGUUUUCAGGUAACAACAAGGACCAGGAACAGAACGAAUCCUGUGAACCUGGGAUUUGUUCUUCCUUGAAAGAUUUAUUCGUUAAGUAGUAUGGAAACACAAACGUGGGUCUCGCGAAAUUAAUUAACAGUUCUUCGUUUAAGAAUUUGUUCCGAGAUUAACGCGACCUAAUCUGAUGACUGACAAUCUAUUUUAAGUUACAAGCUAUUAUCUCGGGAAAAUGAAUAAUUUGUGACAAUUUCUGUUUUUGUUUUCUAAACGUUUCUAUUAUUAUUAAAACCCGUCAAAGGUAUACGUAUUAAUUACGAGAUAAAUGUAACAGCUUUAAGGAUGUACCUUUUUUAUUAUACUUUUUUACUGUUUAUAUUAGGUUUAUAAUAAUUGCACUGAAAUAUCGCAGCUCUAAAGGGGAGGGUUGCUUUGGGUUGUCGCCUACGUCGAAGAUUAAAUCAAAGCAUUCCUAAGAAUAUGGGUGAUGAAUUCCUAUAGAAAAUUAAAGAAUGGAUGAUAUGGCAAUCAAUGUGUUAAAUAAGAUAGAUGUGCAAAUUCCGCCAGUGUUUCCAAAUUCGCCAUCCAUAAGAAAAUUAUAAACUAACAAUAGCAUUAGUGUAGAGUAUAUAGUAUUUAAUGGGUUUAUUUUUAAAGAUUUAGUUGCUUCCUUUUUUACAUUAUUAUUUACAAGUUACUAACGGCAAUAAUAAUAUUUCAUACGUGUUAAUUCGUGUGCAGAGUGAGUGACAAUUGUCAUUCUUGCAUCUGUCGAUAUAACAAAUUUUCCCAUAUUUUCAUACACGUGCAAAUGAAAAUUUCCGACAUUAAUGCUACCCUCCCUUGACCCCAUUUCAUUAAAAAAAAAAAAAACCAAUACUUGAGUAAUGUUGCUAAAUAAAAUGUAAUGCGUGUAUUUAUUUGCCUUUGCGGGUCAAAGGCUCGUCGGAUGAUUGUAAUAUAUUAUAUAUUGUAUGAAUAUACAUAUAUAUACAUGUACGCAAUAAUUGUGUGUAUAAAAAAAUUAAUCAUAUACUUUUAAUAACGAUGCGAUGAAUUGUAUAGUAAAAUAUCGUAUAGAUUAUUGGAACGUACAUAUGUAACAUUUGUGUUACACCAGUCGAUCAUCGUUGAAAUAAUCUUCAAAUGAUUGUAAUGAAUAAAUGUGACCAACUUAUGGGAAUCUCGUCCAGAGUAUUGAGAAAAAUAAUGUAUUUAAUGGAUUUACAUGUUUCAUUAAAUAUGACUGUUACGUACAUGUAUUGUUACUUGUACGAAAUAACGUUAAAUAUUAUCCUGAUAUUGUAUUUAUUGUUUCACCUUUCGCAGUGUUAAUAAAGGCUACAAUCAUUCGAA